AUGGCGCAUGCACUUCCAACCGACUACUACGCCCUGAACACCACCUCGGAAGUGGAGAUGCAACGGGGCAUGUACCUGUUCUCCGCCGCCUGCGAGAAAUUCGGUCUGGUCAUCAACACGCAGAAGACGGUGGUCAUGCAUCAACUGCCGCCACCCAGCACAGCCACCGCGCCGCCGCCACCGCCGCCGCCACCGCCGCCACCGUCACAAAUAGGCGUGAACUGA